GACCUCGCUGGUCCACUCGGUGAAGUCGGCCUCAGCCUCAGCAGCGCGUUCACAGCGUUCACGAUUUACGAUUGUCCUCCUUGCCGGCCUCGGACAUCUCUUGCCUUUGCCUUGUCUUUGCUUUGCUCGACGUUCUUUCGUGGCCGGGCCAGGCCUCAUUGUUGCUAUUUGUAUCCUAUUGCUACGGCUACCCGACGGCGUCUAAACCGUCGAGACGACUUGUACAUCAAACGGACCAGACCUGCUGAAGAGAGCCCGAAGAAAUGCUCAUUGACGACAGCAAGAGCAAGGCACUAACGGACGCAUCGUCUUCACGGGACGACGAUGCCUCUGUCACCCUCGGCGGGCCCUCUAUACGGGAACGACCGUUCAGCCAGGACACGACGCUUGGGCAGCCCUCCAUCCGCCUUCCCAACGAUCCACCACCGUCAUUCUCGUCCGUGACCUACAACAACCCUACCACAGCCGGAGGAAGCCCGCGGAGGCGGCGGUUUCGCGAGUCGCUGUACGAAAUACCGACUCCGGGGACGGAGGUCAAGCGCCCGCCACGCUAUGAACCAAUUAUCCUGAGGACAUGGGCCGUGCUAUUGAUAGCGACCAUCAUGAUAGUUAUGGCGAUCGCGUUGGAAAUCGGGGUGUUGUUGUCGAUCAAACGCAAUGGGUUUGGGGUACCGGAGAAGAAUGCUAUCAGCUUCGCCAGCCCGGCGUUCUUGCUCUCGUUCGUUCCGACACUCCUCGUCGCACCCCUUGCAUUUCUCUGGACCGUGACGGAUUGGAUGAUCCGGUGGUAUCAGCCUUAUGUGACGCUUCUGCGGGGAAAUGCCCCUGCAGGUGAAUCUAUCCUCCUCGACUACAUUGCGCUGAACAAGAUUUUUGUUGUCAAACAAUCGAUUAAACAUCGACACUGGCUGCUGACCGUGUCGACGUUGACCGCUCUCGGGACGAUCUUGUUCCAACCUUUGGCGGGUGCGCUCUUCGAACUCAGACAGACGCCUCAUAACACCACUACCACGGUCAAGAAUGUAGACGGCGUUGGUCUCGCGCCCGACAUCAGCACCUUCAACGCAUUCGUUGCUGCAGCUGGGUUCGUCGAAGCAGCGGUUUUCCACAAUCUUACAGAUCCUCCGUUUAUCAACGGCAGCUGGGCAUUGGCGGAAUUCAAGUAUCCGCCCAACCCUGACAACAACGCGCUUUCGGUGUCGGUCCCUUCCAUCGCCAUCAAUACGAGCGCGAACUGCUUCAAACCGGAUUCUACCAACCCCAUCAAACAAUCCAGUGGUGAUGUCACGAUCUUUGUAGAGGGUUCCUCCUCGUUCGCCUCUGGGUGCUCCAACCAGGUCACUCUUAACCCCAACGACUCGGAACAGCAAUACGGCGUCGAGGUGGCACAGUGCGGAGCUGUUCACACCGGCUACGAUGGACAGGGUAACCAGCCGAUCGAAAACGAUACUGCUCCGGUCUUGUUCUGGUACUAUCACGAAACGCCGUCCGGCCAGAAUCAGGCUGCCGCUGUAUACUGCGCUCCUAGCAUCACCGUGUUCAAUGUGCAAGCGAUGGUGAGCAUCACCAACGGGUCGGUGAUGAGGAUCGAGCCGCAGGACAAGUAUACGUCUAAGAACAACGUCACCGGAUCGCCUCAGAACGGGCAAGCACUCAAUGGUUUGUUUGCCAACACGGACUCCCUCACUAACUCCUUCGUGAAGGCUCGGCAAACUGCGACCAGCUCGGGCGUGCCUGGCGCAGUGUUCCGUUUUGCGGUACAGCAGGACGGCACGGGCCAGUCGACCUUCAGCGAUCCCAAUGGUUUCCUCACGCUGACCCAGAACAUCUAUACGCAGUUCCUGGCGAUUGUUGCGAAGUCCGUGUACUUCGUUCAGGGUACCCCCGCCGAGCUCACUGCGGAGCUCACUUCGAACCUCCCGAGGCUGUUUAUGAAUGAACUCGCUGCGCAUGGCCUGGCAGCGGCUCUCGGGCUUAUCGGCAUCAUCGGCAUUGUCGUUCACAUCCUGCACCGACGCGCCCGGAUGGGCUUGCACCUAACUGCCCCCCCAGGCUCGAUCGCGGCAAUCGUCUCGCUCACCUCGCGCUCCGGCUUCGGUGAUCUUCUCCUGCCCUACGACGACGUCGACACCAUCCGGCACAAGCUUGACGGGCUCCGGUUCAGACUCGACAAGCGGACGGGCGCCAUUGUCGCGGAGGAGGGCGACGAUGACGACGACGAGGCGGUAGGGACUCGCGGACGGCGGAAGUCGGGCAUGCCGCGCCUGCGAACAGCGGGGUCUGACGACAUGCGCAUGUCGCUGCUCGCGCCGGGCACGGUGACGGAGGCCGUGGCGGGCGCCGGGCAACGCCACGAACGAAUGUCGACCGUGUCGGAGGGCGCGUCGUUGAGGCCGCAGAGCAGCCGGAAUCGAUCGUCCUCGUCGUCACGGCUAUCGAGCUCGGUGGGGCAGCCGCCGCUGGGGUACACGGACGUACCUUACCAGUGGGAACCUUUGCCAUAUCCCGUGCCUCCUAGUACGGAGAAGGACAAGCAGCAUAGUCCAUGAUACGUGGUUUUGUGCACCUGUUUCAUAUAGUAGAUGGUCGUAGUGUUGUCGUUAGUUCCUUUGUUUACCCCCGGACAUUUUCUCUGUGGCAAUCGGCGGUCUCUGUAGUAUGUGCAUAUGCUAGAAAUGUGAACCCCCAUGGG